GGUGUUUGUCCUUCCGCUGAAGAGUCCCCAAGAAGCCGUGGGUGUGGGCAGCUGCUCAUUUGCCACUCAUCUUCCUCUUGCCAAUCUGAACUGCGACCGGCCAUGUCUGCUGCUCCUCUGAUGCUGAUGCUCCUAUCGGUCGCCGCGACACUGGCGCCCGGCGUUCUCGUCGCCGGGGCCACCGGCGGCGGCGCCGCCCACCCGGCGUACGCGGACGCCGCCAGCACCUUCGGCCCGGCCUCUGGCGGCGCGGAGGUGAGGCUGGAGGAGCACGGCGGCGGGCGGAUCAUCGACAUCACGCACGCGUACCGGCCGGAGCUGCCGGCGCCCGGGCGGGACGGGCUGGGCCCGGUGACCCAGCUCACGGAGUCCAUGGCCAACGGGUCCAUCAACAACGUGUCGGAGCUGCGGAUGCUGGUGCACUCCGGGACCCACGUCGAUGCGCCGGGCCAUAUGGUGCAGGAGCACUUCGAGGCCGGCUUGGACGUCGACAAGCUCGACCUCGACGUCCUCAACGGGCCUGCAUUGCUCAUUGAUGUUCCAAGAGACACAAAUAUAACAGCCCAAGCAAUGGAAUCCCUAAAUAUCCCCAAAGGAGUUCGUCGGGUUCUCUUCAGGACACUGAACACAGACAGGAAGCUGAUGUGGACGAAGGAAAUUGACACGAGUUUUGUUGGGUUUACAGAGGAUGGUGCACAGUGGCUACUUGAUAACACUGACAUCAAGCUAGUCGGGGUUGACUAUCUAUCAUUUGCAGCAUUUGAUUACUUGAUUCCAGCCCAUUUGGUCUUUUUAAAUAGACCGGACAUGAUCCCAAUAGAAGGUCUGAAACUAGAUCAUGUAAAGGCUGGAAUAUACAUGUUGCACUGCUUACCUCUCAGACUGAUCGGAUGUGAUGGCUCACCAAUCAGGUGCAUCCUUAUGAAGUGAUCACGUGGUGCUACUGCUGAAAGUGAUAUGGUAUCAUGCCAGCUGAUACUGCAUCAUUGCGCAAAUACCACCUCUGUAUGAAAGAAAUGUUGAGUUCCGUGAUGAUAUGUUUCAUGUUUGUGCACUCAACAAGGAAACAUCAAUAAUUUACUACUGACAAGUCCAUGUUGUAUGAAAGACUUACAAUGGUUCACCUGGGAAGCUAUGGCUGUCUGCUUAUUUUGAACCGUUAUUGCAAUAUUAUAAUCUGUAAUAAUAGCUAUGUCUGCAAUUCUCCAUUA